AUGGUUUUGCAAGCCAUCCAGUAUGAGCCGGCAUCCGCCUCCUCGCCUCCUACCCUACGCAUCCUAGACCAACUUCUUCUGCCGCACAGGACGGCCUAUGAGGCAAUUGCCAACUGCGAGGAGGCCCAUGCUGCCAUCAAGCAGAUGAAAGUGCGCGGGGCGCCUGCCAUUGCGAUUGUGGCAGCGCUCGCGCUGGCCGUCGAGAUUGGAGUCGCAGCCGUGACCGGCAAGUUGGCUACAUCACCAGACGAGGUCAGGGAGCAAAUCAGUCAGCGGUUGGACUAUUUGAAGACAAGUCGGCCAACAGCAGUCAAUCUUGGAGAUGCGGUGGGAAAAUUGAAGAUUGUCGCCAAAAAGGCUGCGCUGCAGUCUGGAGCAACUGCGGGUUCGGUUGCGCAGGCAUAUAUUGUGGCCGCAGAACGAAUGCUGGUCGACGACGUGUCUGACAACAAAGCUAUUGGUGAGCACGGGGCCCGGUGGAUUGAAGAGAACACAGCAGCGGGAAGACAGAGGAGAGGAGACAAGACUUGUGGAUUGCAAGUCCUCACACACUGCAACACCGGGUCCUUGGCAACCGCAGGCUAUGGCACUGCAUUGGGUGUCAUCCGAUCCCUGAAAGCCGCUGACAUGCUCACUCGGGCUUAUUGCACAGAAACUCGGCCAUACAAUCAGGGGUCGCGAUUGACCGCAUAUGAACUCGUCCACGACGAGGUUCCCGCGACCCUGAUCACCGACUCGAUGGCAUGUGCACUGCUGGCAAGAGAAGGAAAUCGCCUGGCAGCAAUUGUAGUGGGAGCAGACCGGGUUGCUGCCAACGGAGAUACAGCAAACAAGAUCGGAACAUACUCUCUUGCGGUGCUUGCCCGGCACCACGGUGUCAAAUUUCUGGUUGCGGCCCCCCGGACCACAAUUGACCUGACCACAGCAUCGGGGAAAGAUAUCGUUAUCGAAGAACGGGCGCCAGAAGAAGUUACGAGAAUCAAGGGCCCGAAAGUCACGGUGGACGGAGAGGUACAGGUUGACGAGGCUGCCCAGGUCAUCUCCAUUGCAGCUACUGGGAUUGACGUUUGGAAUCCUGCUUUCGACGUGACUCCAGCCGAACUGAUCGAUGGAGUGAUCACCGAAGUCGGCGUGGUGGAGAAGACUGCUGGGAAAUUUGACUUUCAACCGAUAUUCCAACAUCCGUCUUGA